CUGGUUAGGCAUAUGCGAUCGUCGCAGAAAUGAAACCUCGAAUCCCUUCUUCCGCCAAAGGCUCUGCUUUCUGGAAGACCAUCAACGCGCCGCCGCCGCCGCCGGCUACAGGGACGACGAGUUCUGUAGGAAAAAUAAGAGCCUACAGCUCAGAGAGAGCCUUAAUGCUGGCGCCGGAGACCGUCAAUCCCUGCCAAAAGCUGUGCAAGAUCAUGCUCUCCUGCCCCAACGCCGGUAUCGAGCAAGCCCUCGAUGCCAGCGGCAUCCGCGCAUCCCCCGAAGUCUCCGAACAGGUACUCCUGCGACUCCAGAACGCCGGCAUGCUCGCCUACCGCUUCUUCGACUGGGCCCGCCGCCAGGACCGCGGCUUCGCCCACACCGUUCGCGCCUAUCACUCCACCGUCUCCGCCCUUGCCAAGAUCCGCCAGUACAAGCUCAUGUGGGAGCUGGUCGCCGCCAUGCGCGCCGACGCCUCCCUCAACGUCGAGACCUUCUGCAUUAUCAUGCGCAAGUACGCCCGCGCACACAAGGUCGACAAGGCCCUCUACACCUUCGACGUCAUGGAGAAGUACGGCGUCGCGCCCAACCUAGCCGCCCUCACCGGACUCCUCUCCGCGCUCUGCAAGUCCAAGAACGUCCGUGAGGCCCAGAAGGUGUUCGACAGAAUGUGUAACCGGUUCCAGCCCGACGCCAAGACCUACAGCAUCCUGCUCGAAGGGUGGGGAAGGGCGCCCAAUCUGUCCAAGAUGCGGGAGGUUUUCCGAGAAAUGGUCGAUCAAGGAUGCGAGCCGGACAUUGUCACAUAUGGCAUCAUUGUCGAUGCCCUGUGCAAGGCAGGGCGCAUAGAGGAGGCAGUUGACGUUGUUCGAGACAUGGGCCGUAGAGGCUGCGUUCCCACACCUUUCAUUUACAGCGUUUUGGUGCACACGUAUGGCGUAGAGAGAAGGAUCGAAGACGCAGUCGAUACAUUCUUGGAGAUGGAGAUAAAUGGCAUUAAGCCUGAUGUGGUCGUGUACAAUGCGCUGAUCAGUGCAUUUUGCAAGGCCAACAAAUUUGGAAAUGCUUUCAGGGUGGUUGGGGACAUGGAGGACAAAUCCAUUGCUCCUGUCUCUAGAACAUUCAAUAUCAUACUAAAUGGCUUGAUUUCAAAUGGUAGAAACGACGAAGCAUAUAAGGUCUUCCGCCGUAUGAUUAAAUGCUGUGAUCCGGACUCGGACACAUAUACUAUGAUAAUAAAGAUGUUCUGUGACAACAAUAUGUUGGAGACUGCUCUGAAGGUGUGGAAAUACAUGGAGAAGAAGCAAUUUCUCCCUACCAUGCACACCUUUGCAGUGCUAAUCAAUGGCCUUUGUGAGAGGGGUGAAAUCAGCCGUGCUUGUGUUAUGUUAGAAGAUAUGAUGGAAAAGGGAAUCAGACCGCCGGGUACAACAUUUGGAAAAUUGAGGCACUUGUUGCUGAAGGAAGGCAGGAAAGAUGUCCUUGAAUUUCUUGUGGCAAAGAUGAAUGUUCUUAUCGAAGAACCUCUAUAUGAUUGAGAGCUUGUAGGCCUUAAUGAUGUCGCUCAUUCAUGUGGAUAUUUCCACAAAGACAUAUAUCUACUUUCUUUCGCAGCCAACCUUAAAGGAGAUAUCUAGUGCUCUCCUUCAAAUGCAAGAAAUAAGAGCCAGUCUGAUGCUCACUUUUUACGCAACACAAUACUCUUAAAGUUGUAGUCCAAGAAAAUAGAAGUCGAUGCUUCAAUGGUUGGACGACAUGAUUCUACGAGAAAAGAUGUUUGAUGACUGCUUUCUUUCCCUAUACAUUUGUCUCUACUUUUAGAUUUCUACCUUGCCUCAAUGGGAAUUACACCAACAUGGCUUUUUUGCAGUAACUGUGGCUGUUGUGUCAGUUGCAAAUUUGCCUAGGUUGCUUCCCCAUCUAUUGGCACUAGAUUUGUACCAUCUCUUCCCACGGAUGCUGAAGCGCCCACAGGUAUCGAUAUCACUGAUAGCAAUGUCGGAAGUGCUGGAGCUCCUCUUGGAACAACCUCAACUGAACCAGAGACAAAUUCAACCGGCCACACGAGCAAAGCAAGUUCCCACUUUGGUGGAGCAAUCCCCAUGAAUUUCAAGCAUUGUAGGAGAGAACAAGUUCCAAAUGUAAGAAUUUGUAGGAUCAUGUUCCUUCCAAAAUAUCAUUUAUUUCCAAGUAUUAUUCAUAUUGUUGGAGAGAACAAGUUCUAAAUGUAGGAAAAUUAUUGCAUUUUUUUUAAAAAAAAAAUCUCAUGGAAAAUGUUAAAA